AUGGAAUUCCAACUUGUAUUUGCUUUAGCUCUCGUGGCCACAGUUACAGCAGGUUAUGUUCCUCUACAGCAUCAAAAGGUUUACUAUGCUGAACAUGCCUAUAAUGCUGCUCCAGUAGAACAUCGUUUAAUUCCUAUUGCCCAUAAGAUUUACACAAAAACAGUUGAAGAAUACGAUCCACAUCCUCACUACAAAUUCUCUUAUGGUGUUGAUGAUAAAGUAACAGGCGACUCAAAGUCUCAACAUGAGGAACGUGAUGGUGAUGUGGUACAUGGUCAGUACACUUUAAUUGAUGCUGAUGGGUAUAAACGCACUGUGACUUACACAGCUGACGAUCAUAAUGGUUUCAAUGCUGUUGUACAUCGUGAACCAUUGGUUAAAGUAGCUCAUGUUGCUGCCGUUGCUGUUAAGACCCAUUACGCCCAUGUUCCGGAGAUAGUCAGUUAUCACAAAGCUGCUCCUUCUUAUUACAGCCAUUACCAUGAACCACAUGCUGUUUCUACUGUUGCUCAUUAUGCAGCUCCCACUUUUGUCCAAACUCUUGCACCAGUAGCUCACUAUUAUGCUUCCACUCAUUACGUCGCACCAACUGUCAUUAAAACAGUUGCACCUGUAACUUAUUACGCAGCUCCUGCACAAUACACAUCAUAUGCGCUCAUAUGGUUUUAG